UUUGUCUUCCUCCUUCUUCGUGUAUAAACUCUUUCAACAUUUGGUAUCAGAGCAUAGGUUAGAUCAGGCAGUUAUACACGAAAGAAACAAAAAAAAAAUACACCCCAAAAUGCAAAGCUCAAGCAAUGGAAACUCAGUCAACCAACUGCCUCUGUUCACAGGAGUUAACUAUUAUUUCUGGAGUUUGAAGAUGAAAACACUCUUCAAAUCUCAAGAGUUAUGGAGUAUUGUGGAAGAUGGAUUUGCAGAUGAUCAACCGGAGGAGCCUGAUCAAAAUUUGAGAGACAAAAGAAAGAAGGAUGCAAAGGCCUUAUAUCUCAUUCAACAAGCCCUUGCUGAUGAUGUUUUCCCUCGCAUUGCAGCUGCUUCAACCUCAAAGGAAGCCUGGAGUAUCCUCAAAAAGGAAUACUUAGGAGACAAGAAGGUAAUCACAGUGCGGUUACAAUCUCUUAGAAGAGAAAUGGAGAAUGCACGUAUGAAAGAUAAAGAGAGUGUUCAAGACUAUCUUUCAAGGAUUGCUGAUAUUGUACAAAAGAUGAAAUCCUAUGGAGAGGAUGUUAAGCCUCAGCAGGUCGUAAGUAAGGUUCUGAGAAGCCUUACACCUAAGUAUAGGCAACUAGUGUGUGCCAUUGAAGAGGUUCAAGAUCUGGAGGUAUAUACCUUUGAGCAGUUGACCGGGUCCUUGCAAGCCUAUGAAGAGAGGGGCGACUUGGACUGUGAUAAGGUAGAAGAACAAGCCUUUCAAGUCCGAGGGGAGGCUCCUAGAGAUCAACAACAGCACUUCCCAAAUAGGGGAAGAGGAAGAGGAAGAGGAGGCUUUAGAGGCAGUCAUGGUGGAAGAGGCAGAGGAAGAGGAUCCUCUAGCUAUGGAGGAAGACAAGCAAGUCCAAAACCGCCCAUCAAGUGUUACUAUUGUAACAAAAAUGGACACAAAGAAGCUGAAUGUUGGAUAAAGAAUCCAGACCUAGCUCCUAGAACUGCUGAUCAUAGGUCUAAUUAUGUUGAGCAAGAACAAUUGUUUAUUGCUCAUCAUAAAUCAGAUCAUGAUGGAGAAAUAGUUUGGUACAUUGAUAGUGGUUGCUCAAAUCAUAUGACAGGAUCCAAAAGCAUGUUUCAACAUAUAGAUGACACUAAGAGAGGUGUUGUCAAACUGGGAGAUGGCAAGCAGCUUGAAGUAGCAGGACUAGGAGUGAUCUCAGUUCAAACAGAACAAGGCAGCAAGAAAACCUUAUCUAAUGUGCAAUAUGUUCCACACCUAGCACAUAAUCUGCUAAGUGUUGGGCAAUUGGUGUCAGGAGGCUACUCAGUUUCCUUUGCAAAUGGAGUAUGUACAGUCAAGGAUGGUAGCUCCAAUGCAGUUCUAUUGAAGGCUGAAAUGGGAAAUAAUAAGUUGUUUCCCAUGAACCUGACCACCUCUGGUGGAAAAGCUUUGGUAGUCAAAGGAGAAGAAAAUGCCAAGCUGUGGCAUCUAAGGUAUGGUCAUCUUAACAUGACCAGUCUACAACUACUGAGUGCUAGAGGUUUUGUUAGAGGCCUACCUAGUAUUGGCAAGCUGGAACUGUGUGAAGGGUGUAUUUAUGGGAAGCAAUCAAGAGGUUCUUUUCCCGCAGGAGGAUCAUGGAGAGCUCGUGAAUGCCUAGAACUGCUCCAUGCUGAUCUUUGUGGUCCAAUGGGGACUGAAUCAUUAGGAGGUAGCAGGUACUUUCUAAUGAUCACUGAUGAUUUUACUAGAAUGUCUUGGGUCUAUUUUCAAAAGACCAAGUCUGAAGCCCUUGAAAACUUCAAGAAGUUUAAGGCCCUAGUUGAGAAUCAAACUGGAAAGUCAGUUAAAGCACUUAGAACUGAUAGAGGUGGUGAGUUCAGUUCUAAUGCUUUUACUGAAUUCUGUGAUGAACAUGGAAUAAGAAGAGAAUUCACAGCACCCUACACCCCUGAGCAAAAUGGGGUGGCUGAAAGGAAGAACAGGACAGUUGUAGAAAUGGCUAGAAGUAUGCUUAAAGCCAAGAAUAUGCCAACCAAGUUCUGGGGUGAAGCUGUAUCUACAGCUGUAUACAUUCUGAAUGUGUGUCCAACUAAGGCAGUCCUCAAUUGUACACCAUUUGAAGCAUGGAGGAAAAAGACACCCUCAGUAGGUCAUAUGAAAGUGUUUGGUUGCAUAGCUUACACUCUUGUGAACCUGAGAACCAAGCUAGAAGACAAAGCUGAGAAAUGCAUCUUUGUGGGGUACUCAACUCAGUCCAAGGCCUAUAGACUGUAUAAUCCCCUUACUGAGAAGAUCAUUAUAAGCAGAAAUGUCAUUUUUGAUGAAGAUGCAGAGUGGAACUGGGAUCAGAAUGCUCAACAAGAAGUUCCAACACCCAGAGUUGUAAGCCUAGAAGAACAGUCUUCUCCUCAGCUCACUCCAACUGCAUCCAACCACUCUUCUCCUCCAACAACAUCAUCAUCCUCAUCUUCUGAUGAAAGCUCAGAAUCUGACACCUCAUCAAGUGAUCAGCCUAGAAAAGUAAGGUCACUAAUAGAUAUCUAUGAAUCUUGUGACUUUGCUUUUAUUGUUACUGAACCUGCAGACUAUCAAGAAGCUGCUACUUGUGUUGAGUGGACACAAGCAAUGAAAGAGGAGAUCAAUGCUAUUGAAAAGAACAAGACCUGGGAGUUGGUGAACCUGCCUAAGGAGAAAAAUGUCAUUGGUUUGAAGUGGGUGUACAGGACUAAAUACAACUCAGAUGGGAGUAUCUCUAAGCAUAAGGCUAGACUAGUAGCCAAAGGUUAUGCUCAGCAAGAAGGGGUGGACUAUGAAGAAACCUUCUCUCCUGUAGCUAGAUUUGAAACUGUGAGGAUUGUUCUAGCCCUAGCUGCACAAUGGAAGCUGCCUGUAUAUCAGUUGGAUGUCAAAUCAGCUUUCCUAAAUGGUGACUUGCUUGAAGAAGUGUUUGUUCAUCAGCCACCUGGCUUUGUGAAGAAAGGGGAGGAAGAAAAGGUGUACAGGCUCAAGAAGGCACUUUAUGGGCUAAAACAGGCCCCUAGAGCAUGGUAUAGCAAAAUUGACACCUUCUUCUGCACAUCAGGAUUUCAGAAGAGUGAUAAUGAGCCCACUUUAUAUGUCAAGAAAGAAGGUAUGGAGUUCCUAGUUGUGUGCCUGUAUGUUGAUGAUAUCAUCUUUUUCAGUUCUUCCCAAAGCAUGCUAACCUCUUUUAAAGAUUCCAUGACCAAUCAGUUUGAGAUGACUGAUUUGGGUAUGCUUCAGUACUUCCUUGGUUUAGAAGUAAAGCAGGGAAAAGAGGGUACUUUUCUAUGCCAGAAGAGAUAUGCUCUUAACCUGCUUAAAAGAUUUCACAUGGAGGCGUGUGAAACCAUAGCUACACCUAUGAAUGCAAGUGAAAAACUACAGAAGAAUGAUGGUACUGAGGAGGCAGAUGUCACCCUUUAUAGAAGCAUGGUGGGAGGACUCAAUUACUUAACACAUUCAAGGCCUGAUUUGGCUUACUGUGUUAGUAUUGUGUCAAGAUAUAUGCAAAGGCCUACAAAGCAACAUCUUGGUGCUGCAAGAAGGAUCCUGAGAUACGUAGCAGGGACUUUGGAGUUUGGGAUUUGGUAUUCAAGUGUGAAAGAUUUCAAAUUAAGGGGAUAUUCUGACAGUGAUUGGGCUGGGUGUGUGGAUGAUAGAAAGAGCAUGUCAGGGUCAGUCUUUGACCUAGGUUCAGGAGCAGUAACAUGGAGUUCAAAGAAGCAAGAAACCAUUGCUUUAUCUUCCUCAGAAGCUGAGUAUGUGGCUGCAGGAUCUGCAGCAAAACAAGCUCUAUGGAUAAGCAAGCUACUAACAGAUUUGGGAUGUAUGCAGACUGAAAGUGUUGAGCUAUGGUGUGACAACAAAUCAGCUAUAGCAAUGGCGAGAAAUCCAGCUUAUCAUUCUAGAACAAAACACAUUGAUGUCCAGUAUCACUUCAUCAGGCAACUAGUGGCAAAUGGAAGGAUUUCACUUCGGUUCUGUGGAACAGAAUGGCAAAAUGCAGACUUGUUUACAAAGGCUCUCAACCAUGCGAAGCACUAUCAUUUUGUGAAGAGAAUUGGCAUGAUCAAGCUUGGAUCAAGGGGUGGUGUUGAGAAUAAUCCAACUUAAUCAUGCAUGUGUACAUGCAUACGUAGCAUUGGGCUGUUUUAUUUAAUAUUCAUUUAAUUAUUGUCAUUUGAAUAAGUCUACUAUUCUUACCUAUUAUUUAGGAGCAUUUGCAGCAUGAUAGUUGAGUUGUUUUGCACGUUAGAGUAUGGCUACAAAGUAGGAGUUUGUUAGCUUGUUAUGUGGUCAAGAACUCUUGUAAUUGGCUAUAUAUAUUAAGCCUUUUGUUUCUCAUUUUUAUAGAUGAGCUUUCCGAUUA